UUCCUCGUGUCUGCGAUCCACACGCACAACGACGAUUGUUGUCCUGCACCGCUGCACCCACGUUGCCUUCGACUGGAAGAAGCCAAGACAAGCCAAGAGAGGGAAAAGGAGAGCCGCUGUGCCUUGGAAGAACACGCACGCACACACACACUCUCUCUCACGCACACACACCCCUUUUCCAGUCAAAGGGCAGGAGCGAACAAGGCAAAUCGCUGUCGUUCAACGCAAACAAAAAUACAAACACAAACACAACCAUGGGCGAUGAUAUGCGUGCCAUGCAGCGCAAAGAGCACCACAAUCGUCUUGAGCGACAGAGACGCGACGACAUCAAGAACAGAUUUAACGAGCUGAGAAGAGUGCUUCCCGAUGACGCCCUCGGCUCGAAGGCGUCGCGUGCCAAGGUGCUGACCGCUGUUGCAGACUACAUUGAGGACAUGGAGACGCGCAACCAAUCCCUUGAGGCGAAGAAGCAGCAGUUGCAGCGGCAGCUGUUGGAAGUCCGUCAAGCCGUUGCGAAUCACGAGGCGAUGCUCCAGCAGCAACAGCAGCAACAGCAGCAACAGCAAGCGUCACAGCAGCAACAGCAGCCGCAGCAACAACAACCACCCAUACCAAUGCAAUCCCAGCAGCCGUCGCAUCCCCAACAAUUUACGCAAUAGCUCCUACGUGGCACGGUUCUGUCCGUUGUUUGUGCCUUGUCUGUGCAUACGCUCCACAUGUCCCACAACAUGUGCCAACGCAAGUAUAUUUCUUGGGCUUGGCGAUUGCCCCAUCGAUUUACUGCCCGCGCCCACUCGCAAAUACACACACACACAUACACACAAUAUACACACACAUACACAUCUCCCUGUCUCUUUCUUGACCCUCCGGUUGGCGCGCAACACAUGGUUACAAUGCAGUACAACGACACCAUGAUGAU